CCCUGAGCCUGACAGUCUGGACAUGGGAGAUAUCAGUGAAAGGGAGAGGCAUGAAAACAGAGUCUUUGACUUAGAUCAGUAUAUCGUUGUGAAAGUGCAUGUGUGGGUGACAAAAUGGCGAUGUUAGAACAGCUAGAAACGGAAGGAGGCUGUUCCUCCAAGUCAUUCAAGCUGUACUCCCCUAAGGAGCCCCCCAACGGCAGCACUUUUCCCCCUUUCCACCCCGGCACCAUGCUGGACAGAGACGUGGGUCCCACCCCAAUGUAUCCUCCCACAUACCUGGAGCCAGGAAUAGGGAGGCACACACCAUAUGGCAACCAGACAGACUACAGAAUAUUUGAACUCAACAAACGGCUACAGAACUGGACAGAGGAAUGCGAUAAUCUGUGGUGGGAUGCAUUUACUACAGAGUUCUUUGAAGAUGAUGCCAUGUUGACCAUUACUUUCUGUCUGGAGGAUGGACCCAAACGUUACACAAUUGGCCGGACGUUGAUUCCAAGGUACUUCCGGAGUAUAUUUGAGGGGGGUGCCACUGAGCUCUACUAUGUGCUGAAACAUCCUAAGGAGUCCUUCCACAAUAACUUUGUCUCCCUUGACUGUGAUCAGUGCACCAUGGUCACCCAGAAUGGAAAGCCCAUGUUCACACAGGUGUGUGUAGAAGGACGCCUGUACCUGGAGUUCAUGUUUGACGACAUGAUGAGGAUAAAGACGUGGCACUUCAGCAUCAGACAACACCGUGAACUCAUCCCCCGCAGUAUACUGGCCAUGCAUGCCCAGGACUCACAGAUGCUGGAUCAGCUGUCCAAAAACAUAACACGAUGUGGCCUGUCGAACUCCACCCUUAACUACCUCCGAGUGAGUGAGCUGUGUGUGAUUCUGGAGCCCAUGCAGGAGCUGAUGUCCAGGCACAAGACAUACAGCCUCAGCCCCAGAGACUGCCUCAAGACCUGCCUCUUCCAGAAAUGGCAGAGGAUGGUGGCACCACCAGCUGAGCCAUCAAGACAGGCCCCAAACAAACGGCGGAAGCGCAAGAUGUCAGGUGGCAGCACCAUCAGCGGAGGAGGAGGAACUAAUAACAACAACAACAACAAAAAGAAGAGCCCUGGCAGUGGCUUCCCUCUGUCCAGCCAAGUACCAGACGUGAUGGUGGUGGGAGAGCCCACACUGAUGGGAGGGGAGUUCGGCGAUGAAGACGAGCGUCUGAUCACGAGGCUGGAGAACACACAGUUCGACGCGGCCAAUGGCAUUGACGACGAGGACAGCUUCAACAACUCUCCGGCGCUGGGCUCCAACUCACCCUGGAACAACAAGGCCCCCUCCAGCCAGGAGAGCAAGAGCGACAACCCCACCUCACAGGCAUCGCAGUAGAGCCCAGAGCCCCGCAGCCUCAACACAAACCCCUCUCUGUCACUCCCCAGACUCCACCCCACCCCAACAGCCACGAAUGCAACAGUCUAUGGCCUGCUCACCAAUCUAGACAUCACUGUAGACCUCAGAUUCAUCACACACAGGUGGCCCGAAGGAGCUCAGUAUGUCUCAGAGCCAGAGGACGUUUUUCAUCAUUGCUGUGACUUCCCCAUAUUUAGGCACGGUCUCCCACCUCUGUCUCCCCUUUCCUCAUCUCACGCCCAAAAUGUCCCAUCUGCUCUCGCUAAUUUUCAGUCUGGACAGCGUACCGGGUAGAUGUGACCAAUGAGGCGCAGGGAUUUAAUCUAGGGGAGAAGUGUGCACACUUAACUAUCCGUACUGAAGUUCACAUGUAGGAACAGGCGGGGUGGAGGGGAUGUUGGCAGCGGGGCUUCGAGAUGGUGGCGAGUUGCUUAGGGACCACUUGCCCACCCGACCUCUAAACAUGACACUCAAUUCUGGUCUGCUCUGUUGAUGCACAAGUCACUCGUAAUGUUUCCUGAUGGAGUAUAUGUGUGUGCGUGCGUCUGCGUGUGUGUGAGAAAUGUGCGAGGGGAGAGAAAAGAGGCAGUCUGAGCUUAUUUGUGUCUUUGCUGAAGCAGGCGGACCAGAAUUUAGAAUCAACCUGUACAAACCAUUGAAAUCCACACUCCAGUAGGAGAGCUGAAAUGCGGCACUAGGGAAAACACACACACACACACACACACACACACACACACACACACACACACACACACACACGAAUAAACAUAAUGAUUGAAGGAUUUUGAGUCCCCUAGUGCCCGAGCCAUCUCUGAUUAGACUACAGUGGCUGCAGUCUUUCAAACAGAGCAUUUACAACACAUGCACAUACACACAGUUACACAUUUUAAGAGUUUUUAUACAGUAUAUAUUUCCCUAGAAUGUUUUUUAAUUUGUAUUAAACGCCUUCAUUUCAAUUGUUACUUUUUUAUUUUCUACCAAUACUGAAAAGCUACAGACCAAGGAGCAACACAGGACUUUUAUCCCUCCCCCCUCUAAAAUAUAUUGUUUUUAUCUUUUAUGUUUAUAAAAGAGAAAUAAUUUAGUGUGGAUGUUUUUAUUUUGUCUUUUUGUUCCUUUUUUGGAGAUUUAAAUUUUUGUGUAUUUGUGCUUGUAUAUUUAAGGUAGUAGCAAAGUUCUGUCUGACUGUAAUAAAAUGUAUUCUUACUUAGAUUUACUUAAAGCCAUCCUGAUCUAAUGUAAAGAAACAAAAAUAGGAAAAAGGAGAAAAAACACUCAUGAACCCGACCCCUCUACCUUCCCACCUGCUCUUUACUCUUCCCUCUUUUUUUAAAAAAAACUUGUGUACAUUAAAUUACAAACCCCCCGGGGGUACAAUGGCACCAUGGAGCGAUGAUUUUACUAUUUCAGUUGAUUUAUUUUUCCCUUUUAUUUAUUUUGGAAAUUUUAGAAAUUUCACUCAUGUUUCAUCUAUACAACAAGUGAUUUUUCACUUUAUCACAAUUUUGUGUACUGCAUCUUUCAACUUCAUGUCAAGUGAAUUUGCUCACUGAAUUUUAGUUUAACCGUACGAUUGCUCACCAAAACAGAUUUUUUUAUUUGUUUUUGUCUGAAUAACCUUCAUCUGUGCAGAACGAUACCAUCAAUCAUUCAAACAUGUUCUAAAGCCAGCUUAACAUUAAGUUCAGUCGGCAUAUUUGGUAGCAAUGCUGAGUCUGUAAAGUCUGAGGGGAAAAAAAUAGCUGACACUCCGUUUACUGUUUUGUACAUUUCCGUUUUGUCACAGUUGAUUCCAGCAACAGUUAUGAUUGAGUUUGAAUGGUGACUUGUACCUUCUCCAAUUCCUGUAGAAAAAUCAUCGUUUGAUAUAUAUUUUUUUGAUUUGGUUAGUUUCUGCCCUUGAUAAUUAAUGUAUGGUACCAAUAAAAAGAUACAUUUUCACUUUAAAA